AUGGCAGCCUGCCUUUUUUGUCGUAUUGUCAAGGGUGAAAUUCCCUGUAUGAAGCUAUUUGAGAGUGAGAAGACAUUGGCUUUCCUCGACAUCGGUCCUCUUAGCAAAGGACACGCCCUUGUCAUUCCCAAAUUUCACGGCGCCAAAUUGGCAGAUAUUCCCGACGACCAGCUGACUGAAAUCCUGCCGACACUGAAGAAGCUUGUAUCCGCAACUGGUGCCACUGAUUACAACAUCUUGCAGAACAACGGAACCAUUGCUCACCAGCAGGUUCAUCACGUUCAUUUUCAUAUGAUUCCGAAACCGAAUGAGACAGAGGGCCUUGGCAUCAACUGGCCGGCUACUACCGGCGACAUGGACAAGCUCAAAGCUCUUUGCGAAGACAUCAAGUCUAAGAUGUAA